UGACCCACGCUGAGACUCAGUGGCACAAGUCUGCGCAGGGACACAGCAAGGGACUUCUCCACACUGACAGUACACAGAGAGACCAGAAACUAGAUCCGAGAACAUUUGAACACUUCAUCUGGCACACUUCCUGAGAGGCUCGCGAGAUAAAGCAGCUCGGUACAAUGAUGAUCAAGCCGUAUGCGAGACAAGGCGAGGAAGAAGAUGUGGUCAGUCCUCUGCAGUGGAUGGAUGGAGACAUGAGCUCACCUGAUGGAGAAGCAUCAGGCUCGUCACACCACUUCAGAGCAAAUCAACAGAACAGAGAGUUGGGGAGCGAGGACGCAGAGGAAGACGAGGAGGAAGAGGAGGAGGAACAGGAGGACGAAAACGGGUCCAAACGACGAGGGCCCAAAAAAAAGCGCAUGACCAAGGGCCGACAGGAGCGAUUCCGUGCGAGGCGGGUGAAGGCCAAUGCCAGGGAGCGUUCACGUAUGCACGGUCUGAACGAUGCAUUGGAAAACCUACGCACCAUCAUGCCCUGCCACUCCAAAACUCAGAAACUGUCCAAGAUCGAGACUCUACGACUCGCCCGUAACUAUAUCUGUGCUCUGUCUGAGGCCCUGGAGGGAGGUUUGUCCACAGAGAGCAGGGCCUUCAUGGACACACUGUGUAAGGGCCUCUCUCAGCCCACCUCAAACCUGGUGGCCGGCUGCCUGCAGUUGGGAUCGUCUCCUGGUGCAGGAAUGAGACCUGAGGACAGACACAGGGUCCGAGUAGCACCCACUUCUCUGGGAAGCAUUGUGAGCUACUCCUCCCCGGGUCUGCCAAGUCCCCCGUACGGCACCUUUGACUCUGCUCACCUGCUCCACCUGAGGGCCAUGAAAGGAGGAGUGUACGAGAAUCACUCACCCAAUGAAUACAAUGCUAGCGGUGUGGGGACCCCUCCAUACGACGGGCCCCCUACGCCACCCCUGAGUAUCAGCAGCAACCUGGUGCCCAAGCAAGAGACCUCGCCCCACUACCCACCCGGACAGCACUACUCCUCCUCCCCUGUGGAGCAGGGGCUGUAUCAGACUCAGCCUGGAUACGACAUACACUUAGAGGGGACGUAUGACUCCUACCAUGCAGCACACAUGCCCCCCCGACAGAUCACCUCUGUGUACAGAGACUGAGACAGAAGAGGAGGGUUGUCUCUGCUAG